AUGUGGAAUUCCAGCCGACAAGAUGGCGGUUACGGUUGGGUGAUGACCGCCAUAGCGUUUGCCGCUAACCUAAUUUUACUUGGGACAUUCAAAAGCUUUGGAGUUUUCUUGCUGCCCGUUCAGGAAUCGUUACAAUGCUCAAUUACAACUCUUGGAACCGUUGUGGCUGCUACUCACACCACUGGAUUCAUUUUUAUUCCACUGAUGAACAGGAUUGCGAAGACGUACGGGGCGAGACGUUUGGCCAUUGCAGCGGGCUUGCUCACGUUUGUGUGCUUUGUUGGAACUUCCACCGCAAACAACCUCCCUCAGUUUUCGGUGUUCGUGAUUCUUUGGGGUGUCGGUGUUGCUAUGGGCUACGGACCUCCGAUUGUGGAAAUGCUGCUGUAUUUUCCAACUAACCCGGCACUGCCUAUAGGCAUAGUGGGCACGGGUGCCGGUGUUGGAAUGAUGUUAUGCCCUCCUCUGGCGGAAUUCCUGAUAGACAUCUACGGUUGGCGUGGAGCCAUGUUGUUAUUUGCUGCUCUGAACGCAAAUAUAUGCGUUCUGGGUGCGCUUAUCAAGCCGGCCUCGUCAACCUACACGGCACUGGACGGAGGUUCUCGUGAAAGCACAAGACAAAGUGACGGAUGUACAUUAUGGAGAUGUUGCACUUUCAUCCUCAAGCGUAUCUGUGAGGUCCUGGCUCUGGACGUUCUGUGGUUUGAACCCAAGUUCGCCAUGCAAGCCCUUGUUAGCUUCCUAGUUGGCGUCAUGUACAGCGCUUGGAUGAUUUUCCUCGUUCCUCAUGCAAUUGCGAGAGGUAUUAACAGUCAAAUGGCGAGCUUCCUCUCCACCGCUGGCGGAGUUGGGACUAUUGUCGGUCGGGUACUACAGGGACUACUCUUGCAUACUGGAUGGGUCACAGCACUUCAGUUCUACACCUUCCUGGCGUUCAUCGAUUUAGUUGCCUUCGUGCUUGACCCUAUCAUUUCAGCCAACUACCCCGGACUCGUUUGUGUGGCUUUCGCUAAUGGACUUGGCAUUCCCACCAUGGCUGUAUUAUUUCUUCAGGUAGCCCAGCAAGUCUUGAGUAAAGAUCUGAGUGUCCAGGGCUGGGGGACAUUAUUGGUCUUCUUCGCCUUUGGAGAGUUAGCUGGUGGGGCUUUGGCAGGAGUUACCUACGAAGCUACAGGAAGUUACGAUACGUCGUUUUGGAUGCUUGGUGGAGUCUCUGGCGUCGCAGUCGUCAUUCUUGUGACUGAAAGAAUUCUGCACAAGUGCAGUGGCGACUAAAGCUCUCCAAAAUGAUGCAGAGAUUGACGGCCUUCACAUAUCCUAACCAUUGAUCAUACAUAUAAUACCUAUUCACCUGUACCGCAGGUCGUUUUAGCUAGGUCAAAUUAAUGUGAAGUGCCGAUAGUAGUCAAAGAGUCCAGUGUAAAGGCUCCACGAAAUGAAUUGUAUAGGACCAUGUUUUGUACAAAUGUAUGAGAACUUUUUGACCUCUUUUUGGUUAAAUUCAUUGAAAAGUGCACUUCUUUAUAGUGGCGCACCCGGGCGGACUCUGGGACUUGAGCCCCCAAGAGGUUGUCCUUUUAUAAAGUAUUUUUUGUUGUCCCACGAUUUGACCUUGGUAAUACGUAUGUGGCCUAUUUUCGAGUAGUAUAACAGGGGUGUAUGUGGCGCAAUAGGGGUUUAAGUGGCGCCACCAACGUCAAAAUAGU